UAAUGGUGCUUGUAAUUUAUUUUAAGCCAAUUUAACGUGUUACUCUGUUUAUUGGGCUAAACCCCAAGCUUGUGUAAUGUUGCGCUUGUGAUGCGUCACUAUAAUCCCUCACCUCGGAUGGAGUGUGUGCCUGUGAAAUGCACAGAGACUGCUCACACAGCAUGGUCGCCCUGCAAUCAGCAGUUUUGUGUUUGCUCCAGAGCAGGGUCACUCUGCAAGAAAAAUGUGGUUUCCCUCUGUGCACCUUUUCAUGUAGGAUGUUUCAUAGGAUAUGACAAUAUCACUACAAGCAUGUGUACCAUCACAUGGCAUUGCUGAUGCACACACAGAGUUUGUUAGUCACACAGCGUGGCCAUUCAGUUCCCCCAGUCAGUGGUGCCCCUGAGCCUGUGCAGGAUCUGAACAGCUGCAGCUGUCUAUUUUAAGGAGCCUGUGUUUUACUAGGCCACCAGAGUAAAGGGUGACAAUCGUCAGUCACUUCCUAGGUUGUCAGAGGUGGCCUUUGCCAAGCCCAUGUCGUAGAGAUUCUAGUAUUAAUUUAUGUCAUCAUCUUGACAAAUUGUUUUGUGUAACAUGAUGAGUCCUGCAGCGUGAGUGCUUCGAUUUUUGUGAUUCUCACAGCAGUAAAAAAGUCUUAAUAGUUUUCUGUUUUGGUUGUUGCAUGCUGCACAAGAGUGGCAAGAUUUUCAUUUUAUACAGAUGGAUCAAGGAUUUAAGUUUUAAGAGAAACAUUCGCGAUCCGUAUACAUCUUAAAAUUUGGCAGACUGGGCUGUAUCAAAAAAAUGCUCCAAAACCUGGCCAUCAAAUAAUAUUUUUGAUAAUCACAUCGGGUUACCAUGGCAGUAGUCAAGAUCUCCUUACAAACUAUCAAAGCCUUCAAGGCCAUUUCGACUUUUUACCUUGCAUAGAUCUUUUCAUCAUGACUCAUGAUUGCUCACUUUCAGUUGCCAUUCCUUUUUGAGUCUGUAGUGAUGGUUCAAAGGGCAUAGGUUCCCCUUUUUUCACCUCUGAUGAGUCACAUAGUUGUAAAAAGAGGUUUCUGUCUCACGCUUAACCUGCCGUCUGUUCAGGUUGUUUGGCGGGAAAGAGAGCUUCCUUUCUGUUACAGGGUGUUGCCCAUGAAUGCGAUAGACACACGGACUUCUUCGGAUCUACUUACCCCAGGCCAGCGACCUCUGAAUGGGUCACGAAGAACUUCAGAGGGGAAGAGAAGAUUAUCUUAGUUGACCUGGCUCCUGCUCACACUGAUGUCAAUGUAGUUUUACAGCUUUAUUUUACUGUGGGUAUCCUUUGAUUUUUGGAUUGAUAUAUUCAAGUGACACCCGGUGGAGUAUUAGUGGUCGGUUUGGUUGAAAAUAUUCACCUGGCUCGGCUUAUUCAUGCCCGUCAUGAGUGUACCAGCCCAGCAGAAACCCAGCACCAAAAGAACAGGCAAACGCAUAACAUUUUUCAACGAUCAAAGCAUAGUGAUGAAGGAGACUUCUCAGCACCCUGAAGGGUCCUAUUAUGCCCCAGGUGGCACUGCCUCAGACCCCGGACAGAGCGAGGCUGCAAGUACCGUAACCUCUAAUCCAGAGGGCCCUCACAUGUACCUCAACUCUGUCAUCUUCAGCCCAGAUAAAGGUGACCAGAGCAGGGGUCAUUAUCAGCAGACUGUUCCUAUGAAGUGGGCCCACCAGGAGCCUAGUCAGCAGCAGCCAUCAAUGUCCCAGCAACAGAGAGCUGCGUCUUGGACCGCCAUGACUAACUGGGGACAAAACUUUACAAAUUACAUUGGAGGAGUUAACGUAACAGACUCAAGGACCCAGAAUGCAUUUGUGAAGUCGAUGCAUGAGAAUUCUGGCUUACAGCCACAUCAGCAGCCCCCUAACAGAGCUGCUGACAAGCAGCCUCUAGGGGCCAACCCUUCAGUAGAAGCCUACAGGGAUGCAGUUAAGGCUCGGGGCAUGGAGUGGGAGCCGCAGCAACAGCAGUCCCAAGCCUUUCAGGAAACCUUAAAACCCGGGGCACUGAACACCCAGCAGCACAGCACAUCCCACCCAGGAGGAAGCUCAGUUUUGCAGCCCUUCCAGUUGGCCUUUGGUCAGCCCAAGCAGCACCUGCAAGCCUACUACCAGACCUUUCAAGGCAACAGGACAACCCUACCUAACCCACCUAACUACUCAACGCAGGCAAAACCUCCGCACCAGUUACAGCAGCUGCAGAAGCAAGAGCAAAUACAACGCCAGCAACAACAUCACAUAAUCCAGCAGCAAAUUCAACAGCAGCACCAUCAACAAAUGCAGCAGCAACAAAUCAUUCAGCAUCAACAGCAUGUGCAGCAACAGCUACAGCAGCAGCAACAAAUACAGCACGAGCAGCAGCAACAAAAGAUACAGCAACAGCAACAACAGCAGCAAAUACAACAACAACAGCAGCAGCAACAACAGCUCCAUAUUCAACAGCAAAUGCAACAUCAGCAGUUGCAAAAACAAAACCCUCAUGUGCUUGACUAUUACCCUGGUCCACAAAAUGCACACCCUCACCCACAUCCACAGCCUGUGGUGGUACACUCCCAGGAGUCCUCUGCUUCAGCUCCCCUAAAGAUCCAGGAGCCAGUCAUCCAGGACAUCACCCCAGAACCCCAGCAGUCGUCAGAUCCCCUGCAGCCCCCUCUCCAGUCUGAGCCCCUGUCCCAGUCACAGCCCCAGACACAGCUCCAAUCCCAAACACAGCUUCGCAGAUCACGACGGCUCUCCAAGGAAGGAGGGGCACCAUCUGACAACCCCUUUCUCGCAGUUUCUUCGGAUCAGGCAGCCCCGGGGCUGCAGGGUUCCCAGAACGGGACCCGUGAUAUCCAGGCAGCCCCAACGGGUGUCAUUCAGAGCACGCGCAGGAAACGCAGGGUGUCCCAGGAGGUCAACCUGGAGACCCUUGCUCAGAAGGCCUCCGAAAUGGAGUCUCUACCAUCACAUGUUGUCAAGGAGCCCCACAGGCCAUGGAGUCCCACUGAACCAGAGGGUCUGAACGCCAAGCGACCUCGAGACGACAACCUUCUUCCACUCGUCAUCCCCGUGUCUGUUCCGGUCCGGAGGCAGGAACCCUCCUCCCCUGACAGAGACGAAGCAGCCCUGGCCUCCGGCUGGCCCCCCAGGCCUUCAAACCCCCAAGACCUUGGCCGUGCAGAUCACAAACCCUCGGUCAUUGUCACCCGGAGACGUUCACUCAGGAACUCCUUGUCAGAGAGCUCAGAGCAGAAUGGCAGCACAGAGGGGGAGAAAGAAGACGAUGGCAAAAAGUCCAAACGGCGUCCCCGGCCUGAACCCCUUUUCAUCCCGCCACCUAAACCUGGCUUAUUCAUUGCUCCACCGGUGUACUCUAGCAUCACACCUUACCAGAGCCACCUACGCUCCCCUGUACGCCUGGCCGAAAACCCCCUCACCAUGCCCCCCUACACGCCUCCGCCAAUCCUCAGCCCUGUUCGUGAAGGCUCAGGCCUGUACUUCUCCACUUUUCUGUCUUCUGCUGCAGCGGCUGCAGCCAGCGGACAGGGCCUGCCACCUCCUGCAACGCCCAAGUCAGCCACACGCAGCCUGUUGCGUUCUAACAGCUGCGACAUCACACCACCAGUUCUGUCUGCUAUGAGCGAGGCCACUCCAGUCAGCAUUGAGCCACGGAUAAAUAUUGGGUCGCGGUACCAGGCGGAGGUGCCAGAGCAGAGGCAGCGGUCAGCUGUCGAGCUGGAUCGCCAUUGCGCGGACCUGGUCUGGGCUCCAAUGAAUGAGGUGGAGGAAAAGCCGGACUUCCAUGAGAAAGUGGAAGACCUCAUGCACCUGGCCUGCUCCAGUGUUUUGUGUGGAGGAGGCACCAACCAGGAGUUAGCCCACCAUUGUCUGUACGAAUGCAAAGGGGACAUAAUGGCUGCUCUGUCGCUCCUGAUGCUGAAGAAUCCAAUUUUCCCCAAGUCUCAUCAUUUGUCAAACUACCACUACUCAGGAUCAGACAGCUGGACAGCAGCUGAGAGACGCCAGUUCAACAAAGGCAUCACUGCAUACAAGAAGGACUUCUUUAUGGUGCAGAAACAGGUGACCACUAAGACCGUGGCGCAGUGUGUGGAGUUUUACUACACGUACAAGAAACAAGUCAAGAUCGGCCGCAACGGGACGCUGACCUAUGGGGAGGGAGAGCCUUUGGAGAGUAGGACCACUGAGGAGGAGAUGGACCACAAGGGCUCUCACAGACUGGAGCCACAGCGGGAGGAGGACAGCAGGAAGUGGGAAGGGUCAGCUGACAGGAAACAGGAUGUCGGCCCCACCAGGGUAACACACACGCUGCAGUCAACUGAGAACCCUGGGACCGUUCUGAUCAUGAAAGGCCAGGAGGACAUGGGGAGGGACCAGCCGCUGUCCCGGGUCAUCCACCCCCCUCAACCACCUCCCCCCAGCUCCAAAUCGCGCUACGAUGGCAACGCACGCCGGACGAGCCCGUCAACGGGCAACAAAGGCUCGGCCGCUCAGGAGGGAGAGUUCCCCUGCAAGAAAUGUGGCAGGAUUUUCUACAAGGUGAAGAGCCGCAGCGCCCACAUGAAGAGCCACGCCGAGCAGGAGAAGAAGGCUGCGGCGCUGCGUCAGAAGGAGGCCGAGGAGCGAGCGGCGGCCAAAGCGGCGGCCGAGGCCGCUGCCAUCCUGGCUGCUCGGCAGCAGAACGGGACACGACAGGUGGGCGGGGACAGCACCAACGACGACUCGUCAGAAAGGGAGGACGAGGACGAUGAGGACUGGCAGUAAGAGGAAGGCGGCACACUCUGACUGUAGGGUGGCUUGUUCUGUGGGAGAGGAGGAUGAACAUUUUUUUUUUUAAAAAAGAAAAGAACAAUCCCUCCUGUGAACUGUCUGUACAUUUUGCGGAACAAGAAGACUUCCAUUGCUUGGCACAUUCAGGGACAGAUUUACUCCCGCGUAUGUGUUUGAGUGUGAAUGUGUGGACUGAGUGAGAGUGCGUGUACGUUUGUGUGUCUCACCAACGCCCCUUUACUCUGCUUGAGAAGCUUUUCAGGAGUUACCUCUCUUGGUCACAGGGCUCGGUCAAAUCAAAGCCAUGCCGCUCCUCUCGGCGCUGUCCUGCUCUCCACGCCAGGCCGCGGCCUUCCUCAGCACUUUGAGUCUCGCCCCGCUUCGUCUGUCAGGCGUGGAACUUGUUGGACCCCUUUUUUUCUCUCUCUCGAUGAGCCACAGCACGCGCUUGCUUAAGCUGCAUCCCGACUCUCUGGCAUCUGAUGAAGUUUUGACGAUAUCGACUCUGAAAUCUGACAGCAGGAGGCGGCGAGGCGAACGGACGGAGGGUCGCGCUGUUAGUUUUUCUGCUUUAUGACGGACAGAUGGAUGGGUGGCAUGUGUAAACUGUCGCCCCUCUGUUUCGCCGCUCUUCUGCACUCGAGGCUGCCAAAAGCAUGAUGUGCACCCAAUGCUCUCCCUCUCUCUGUGAGCGUUGUUCAUUUGGGCUUUAGUUCUGUGAAUCUCCCCUUCAGCCCUCGUCACUUUUUAUAGUUCACAGUUUGUUCCUCACUGUUGAUGCCUUGGAUGUUUUUGAUGCUUUUUAUCUUGAAAUGACAAUCAAUUUUACACUGUUGCUGUUUUUUUUAUAUAUUAUAUAUGCAGGUAGAUGUUACUUUUUCUGCCUGUGUAGCUAUAUAUGGUUACUGUUGUUUUUGUGAAUAUUCUUGUUGAUGAUUAUUAAUAUUAUUAAUAUUAUUAUUAUAUCCUGGUUUUGGCUGCAAUUUAAUUGAGCGCUUUUUUCUGUACUUGUCCAUAGCUUCUUUUUUUUUUCUCUUUUUUUUUUUUUUAAGUUAAUUUAAACAAAAAACAAAAAUAAUGCUACUUGCUGCCUGUCUAUAACUGUGAGAUUUUUUUUUUUUUUUUCGGAAGCCAGACAUGAAGAAAAGGCAGAAACAUAUGUGCAAUAGAACAAGUUGACCCCCUGUUACCAGAGCGUCCAAGCCUCUCCCUCCCCCCUCCUCUCUGUGUCAUGCUUACGCCCGGUGGCUCUGGAUGCCUCGCUGUCAACCCCUGUAAACUGAUAGCUGGCACUGACUCUGCAGGUCUCUAUAGAUACACAUAACAAAGCCUGAAAGGACAACAAACAGCACAAACUAAUUCAAGACACAUUUUGGAAACAGAUGACCAUGUUUAUGACAUGAUUACUACCCUGAAAUUUUAGCCAGAGUUGAACUUUUUUUUUUUUUAAUAUAAUAAUAAAUAAUUUACUGAUACGAACUUGCAUUAACAGAAGCAGAAACAUUGUUCACUGCAAACCAAAUUCAACUCAAAUUUUGAAGGUUUUUACAGGAGGCUUUGAACUUACAUUUUCUCCAAUUACUCCUCUUAGACUGAUACUUUCUUUUUUUUUUUUUUUUUAGAACCAUAUAUCAACAUGUAUACCAUAUGCUCUCAACUCAGACAUUUCUCCCAUUAAACAGUUCCCACAGACUGUUUAAUAAUUUUAAAAAGAAAAUUACUGGUACAAACAGGCACUAAGAGAAACUUUACUGUAAAUCAUUCAUGACCUAGAUUUUGCAGUUUUUCACCAGAGAUUUUGAAAGUUGACUGGUUUUAGAACCAGAUGUCAGCCUCUAUCACAUGCUGCACUUCCUACCCAGCAGCAUUCUUAACUGCAAACCAUAUUUACUUAGACUUAGCAGUUUUUAACAGGAAGUUUUGAAUACCGACAUAAGUAUUACAUUUUCUUUAUUUUUUAAAACCGCAUAUCAAAUACAUUCUACCCCUGACAUUUCAGCCCCAGUUUACUUUUGACACUUCCCACAAACUGUUAAUGAUAGUAAAUAAUUUACUGACAAAAUGACUUAAAGGUAUUAAGAGAAGUGGCAGCAUUCUUAACUGCAAACCAUACUUAACUCAGAUUUUGGAGGUUUUUACAAGACGUGCCGGGAGUCUUAUAUAUAUAUUUUUUGUUUUUAAAACCAGAUACUUGCUUACUUUUUUAGACUUUUCAUGGGCUAAAUUUCGUCAGGAAAUUAUUUACUGUAACCAACAAACAGGCAUUACGCGACGGAGAAUAGUUUUUUGCAAACCAUACUUAGGUAAAAUGUGACAGGAUUUAUAAGGGGUUCUGAGUGCGUCAUGAGACUUGCAUUUUGUCCUUGCUUUUAGAACCGGAUAUCAACAUCUGUAACAUGCUCACUAGAGUUGACUUUUUACCCAUGCCACAAGAUGUACAUUUUUUCAGCAAAUUAUUUAAUGUCAUCAGUGUCAUGGGACAUUAAGAGACAGAAUCAUUCUUUUCCACAAGCCCUUCUUAACUCAGAUUUUGCUGGUUUUUACAGGGGAUUCUUAAUCCCAUUAUGAGAUUUAUAUUUUCACAGUAAAGCCACCGUUUGCCAAUAUUUGGUGUCUCUACAUUGAAACAUUUUAUGCCGGAACGAUUAAAACGAUUAAUUCUCUCUUUUGCAUGCACGGAACAGUCUGUGUCCGAAGCGGCCUCUAGAUCGUCGUGACACUAACACACUCCGUUGAAACCUUGACUGUGCGGGUCAGCAGUUACUGAAGGGCCGCAUGACACAGCUUAUGUUUGCAGAGGGGAAACUAUUGAAUAAUUUAAUGCAAAAAUGUGCAAAUAUAGUAACGUUUAAAUGUAGAUUUGACAGUCUGUGAAAGUAUGGUGGCGGUUAGGAAAGAAUUUAUAAUAUAUUAUAAUUUAUAAUUUUAUCCAAACUUCUUGGCUGUUGAGAUCGGCUCAAUAGUUUCAUCAGUCUAACCCCUACAAUGUGUAUCUAUGGUCGCCUUUUUUCUGUUUACCUUGUCGCUGAUAGCAGGCACUGAAUUGGAUUAUGGAAACAGCAUGUCUUGAUCCAGCGCUCUCUACAUAUCUCUAUGUUGAGCCCUUCGGCUCCGAGCCAGCUUCUGUUGCCGUAGUAACAAAUGGGUUAAAGGGUUAUUUUCCUUUUAAAGGACAAACCACAGUGGGGAGUUGGGGGAGAAACGCCUCCAGUUACCAGUUACUCCACAAGUUAAACCUGGGUCUAUGCACGGAGUGUUUGUGUGUGUACGUUUGUGUCUGUAUGUGUGUGUGCGUGAGUGGUCAUACUGUUAAAAGUGCGGUGUAUGAGUCUAUAGUUUAACUGUAUGCAAGUCUAUGGGAAAAAAA